CGGAUUUCCAUCAGUGAAAUAUUUCAAGGAUGGCAGCUACGUUUGGGAUUUCCACGAGAGAACGGCAGACAACAUCAUCAACUUCAUGAAAGAUCCAAGGAGCCUCCACCACCGCCAUCUCCCGAGGCUCCAUGGAGUGACACACCAAGCAAAGUUAAUCACUUGGAUGGUGCAACAUUUCCAAGAUUUACAAAGAAGAAGAAGCACACACUGGUCAUGUUUUAUGCUCCAUGGUGUGGUCACUGUAAAGCAGCGAAGCCAAAAUUUCAGGAAGCUGCUGAGCUGAUGGCCGAGAAGAAGAAAGUAGCAUUUGCUGCUGUUGACUGCACAGAUUCCAGUAAUCGAAAUCUGUGUACUCAAGAAGGAGUUGAAGGGUAUCCAACAAUCAAGUACUACAAUUAUGGCAAGAAGGGUGAGAGAUAUGCGGGUGGACGUGAGACUGACGAUUUCGUUCAGUUCAUGGAGAAUCCAGAUGAACCACCGACUGCUCCACCACCUGAACCCGAGUGGAGUGAUGAGCCAAGUAGUGUGGAACAUCUAAGCGAUGACUCAUUUGAUAUGUUUGUUGAUCAGCACGACUCGGUAUUGGUCAUGUUUUAUGCACCUUGGUGUGGACACUGCAAGGCGAUGAAGCCAGCGUAUGGUGAUGCGGCCGAGCAGAUGCACAACUCUGGGCAUUCUGGUAUAUUGGCUGCUGUUGACUGCACCAAACAACGCAAACUGGCCGACAGAUUUGAGAUUAAGGGAUUCCCCACAGUGUGUGUGUGUGUGUGUCUUUCUCACGGUUUGAUUGAAUAUCUCACAUUCAUGGCUGUCAUAUCAAGGGAUGGGAAGUUUGCAUUUGACUACCCAGGCGGUCGUACCACAGAUGCACUCCUUGAAUUCAUGAACAAUCCUGUGGAGCCGACAGCAGCACCUCCAGAGCCAAAGUGGAGUGACCAUGAGAGUGGUGUGAAUCAUCUUACGGAUGAGAAGUUUGGUGGUUUUGUGGAGAAUAGAGAGCACGUGCUGGUCAUGUUUUAUGCUCCAUGGUGUGGUUAUUGCAAGAAUGUCAAACCUGAGUUUGAAUCUGCUGCUGAAACAUUGUCUGGCCACGACAACCAAGCAUUAGCAGCAAUCGAUUGCACAGAAUUUUCUGAUGUUUGUACGCAGCAUGGAGUGAAAGGUUAUCCUACAUUUAAGUAUUUUCACAACGGAAAGGAAAGUGAGAAAUAUGAAGGUGGACGUACUGCUCACAAUUUCUCCAAUUUUGUUUUGAGCAAAUGUGUGUCAGACAAGAAGGAUGAAUUGUAGUUUAUGUGUACGUACUGCUUGCUCAAUAACUUUUCUUCCUAUUCA